UUACAAUUUACACCAAAAGCUGACCAAAACAAACAAACAACGGAAUAUUUGAUAGACGACAGCAACAUUACCGAUCAAACAACCACAUCAAAAACAACAGGAAACAUAGUUCCAAAGACAGUUUUUGUUGGAGAAACUUUAAAACUGCCUUGCCCAGUCAUCAACAGUUUAUCUAAGUUCAUCUGGCAGAAGAAUUCAGUUCCAGUGGCGUAUGGUCCUCCUGAUACUGUGUUGAUUGAGGAAAACAGAAUUUCAAUCAGCGAUUCUACCUACGGCUGGCGACAGCUGAUCAUUAAAUACGUCACUAUGGCGGACAGUGGGACGUACCUGUGUGUCGUGGAUCAAGAUUCCGGCAGGCCAUUCCAAAUGACAACGGAAGUCCGUGUUCUUACAGAGGAUAAUACAGAGACAAUAGAAAGCUCUGAAGCGCAGAAUACACAGGAUUCACUCUCGUCAGCAUUACCAAUCUCCCAUAAAGUGACAACACAUGAAACGAUGACCUGUGUUGUGCACACAAGAGCACCUUCUCUGUCGACACUUGGGUCUUCUCAUAAAGAAAAUGAGCUGAAUAAUCCAUCCAGCAUUUGUGGGGGCCUUGUCUUAAAUAAGUAUACCUUGAGUGGACUCGUUAUCAUCGCGAUCAUCAGAAAUUGGUGAAUAGAUGUUGAACUCUGACAUUUCAUUAAUCUGCACGUCUUCCAGUCUAGAACUAUAUCUGUGAAGUCUGUAGUACCUCUAUAUUAUGGUUAAUGUUGUUUUUGUUUUUCAAAACUUUUGAAUAAAAGCCAGGAUAUUCCAAGUCA